CGGAGGGGCAGAUCCGCCUGCGCCGGAGGAGGCUCGGCGGCCGGGGACAGGGGUGUCCCCCACCUGAAGACAAAAGAGACAGCCUGGGUCCCAAGUGAUGUUCCUGAGCUGAGUGACCGCGACCAGCCUGAGGAGUCCCCACCUUUCCCCAUGGAGAAGGGAUUCUCUUUGCCCCAGGACUGCCGGGACUUUAUGCACAGCCUGAGGAUGCGGGGCAAAUAUGCCCUUUUCUUGGCUUUUGUGGUGAUAGUUUUUGUCUUCAUUGAAAAGGAAAAUAAAAUCAUAUCAAGAGUCUCGGACAAGCUGAAGCAGAUCCCCCAAACCCUGGCAGAUGCCAACAGCACAGAUCCAGCCCUGGUCUUGGCUGAGAACGCGUCCCUCCUGUCCCUGACCGAGCUGGAUUCAGCCUUUUCCCAGCUGCAGAGCCGCCUUCGCAAUGUCAGCCUGCAGCUGGGCGUGGAGCCAGCAGCUGAGGCCGCGCGGGAGGAGAAGGAGGCGGAGGCGCCCCAGCCCGGCCGGCCCCGGCGCCACGUGCUCCUCAUGGCCACCACCCGCACCGGCUCCUCGUUCGUGGGCGAGUUCUUCAACCAGCAGGGCAACAUCUUCUACCUCUUCGAGCCGCUGUGGCACAUCGAGCGCACGGUGGCCUUCGAGUCGGGAGGCGCCAGCGCCGCGGCCUCAGCCCUGGUGUACCGCGACGUGCUGAAGCAGCUCUUCCUGUGCGACCUGUACGUCCUGGAGCACUUCAUCACGCCCCUGCCCGAGGAUCACCUGACCCACUUCAUGUUCCGCAGGGGCUCCAGCCGCUCGCUCUGCGAGGACCCCGUCUGCACGCCCUUCGUCAAGAAGGUCUUUGAGAAGUACCACUGCAAGAACCGCCGCUGCGGGCCCCUCAACGUGACGCUGGCCGCCGAGGCCUGCCGCCGCAAGGAGCACAUGGCCCUCAAGGCCGUGCGCAUCCGCCAGCUGGAGUUCCUGCAGCCGCUGGCCGAGGACCCCCGGCUGGACCUGCGGGUCAUCCAGCUGGUGCGCGACCCCCGGGCCGUGCUGGCCUCCCGCAUGGUGGCCUUCGCAGGCAAGUACGAGACCUGGAAGAAGUGGCUCGCAGAGGGGGAAGACCGGCUGCGAGAGGAGGAGGUGCAGCGGCUGCGGGGCAACUGCGAGAGCAUCCGCCUGUCGGCCGAGCUGGGCCUGCAGCAGCCGCCCUGGCUGCGGGGCCGCUACAUGCUGGUGCGCUACGAGGACGUGGCGCGCAGGCCCCUGCAGAAGGCCCGCGAGAUGUACCGCUUCGCAGGCAUCCCCCUGACCCCGCAGGUGGAGGACUGGAUCCAGAAGAACACACAGGCAGUCCGCGACAGCAGCGGCAUCUAUUCCACCCAGAAGAACUCCUCAGAGCAGUUCGAGAAGUGGCGCUUCAGCAUGCCCUUCAAGCUGGCCCAGGUGGUGCAGGCCGCCUGUGGCCCUGCCAUGCACCUCUUCGGCUACAAAUUGGCACGGGAUGCCGCCUCCCUCACCAACCGCUCCGUCAGCCUGCUGGAGGAACGGGGCACCUUCUGGGUCACGUAGGGGACCCGGAGCCCUGUGUACCCCUCCUGGU